AUGCGGCAGGAUGGGCAUCCUCGCGUGAACGAGACGGCCAUGAGCACGAACUUUGCCGCCAUCUACAGUCUCUACAACGGGGACUUCGACCCUUACCACAACUUCUCACUGCCCUUCAACUUCAGUUACAGCGACUACGACCUCCCCUUGGACGAGGAAGAUGAUGUCACCAAAACCCGCACCUUCUUUGCGGCCAAGAUUGUCAUCGGUGUGGCACUGAUUGGGAUCGUGCUGGUCUGCGGCAUCGGCAACUUUGUCUUCAUCGCCGCCCUGGCCCGCUACAAGAAACUGCGCAACCUCACCAACCUCCUCAUCGCCAACUUGGCCAUCUCCGACUUCAUCGUGGCCAUCGUCUGCUGCCCGUUCGAGAUGGACUACUACGUGGUGCGGCAGCUGUCCUGGGAACACGGCCACGUGCUGUGCGCCUCCGUCAACUACCUGCGCACCGUCUCCCUCUACGUCUCUACCAAUGCGCUCUUGGCGAUUGCGGUGGACAGGUAUCUUGCCAUCGUUCACCCCUUGAAACCCCGGAUGAACUACCAAACAGCUACCAUCCUCAUUGCCUUGGUCUGGAUCAUUUCUCUCAUCGUAGCCAUACCGUCAGCAUACUUUGCCACCGAAACAGUGCUUUUCAUGGUCCAGAGUCAAAAGAAGAUUUUCUGUGGACAAAUUUGGCCAGUAGACCAGCAAGUUUAUUACAAAUCCUACUUCCUCUUCAUCUUCGGUAUCGAAUUUGUGGGACCCGUCAUCACCAUGACCCUGUGCUACGCCAGGAUCUCCCGGGAGCUUUGGUUUAAAACCGUGCCGGGCUUCCAGACGGAACAAAUCAGGAAGAGGCUCCGUUGCAGGAGGAAGACAGUUUUGGUACUCAUGUGCAUCCUGACAGCCUAUGUCCUCUGCUGGGCACCUUUCUACGGCUUCACGAUUGUCCGUGACUUUUUCCCCACGGUGUUUGUGAAGGAGAAGCACUACCUGACGGCUUUCUACAUAGUUGAGUGCAUCGCCAUGAGCAACAGCAUGAUCAACACCAUGUGCUUCGUCACCGUGAAGAACAACACCAUGAAGUACUUCAAGAAGAUCAUGUUGCUCCGGUGGAGGUCUACGUAUCACGGGGCCAAGUCGAGCAUAGAGAUGGACAUCCGGACGAGUGCCAUGCCCAUCACAGAGGAGGUGGACUGCAUUAGACUGAAGUGA